GCUCCCUUUAGAGGAAGGGUGGUAACUCUGUGUGGCAUAGGUGAGACUGUUUCUCAUGUCGGAGUCUCAUGUUCUGGUUUUGAAUCUGACAUUGCGCAUCUGUGAAAGAUGACCCAUAAAGUGACACAGCUAAUGAGGCAUUCUGCGCCAGCAUUGAUGUCGCCAUGGUAACCAGUUCUGAUGCUUCCCACGGAGCGCCACGCCUUGUACCUGGUGGUACCUGCCAACAUCCUGUACACACUUGCAGCUGUCACACACUCAUGGUUCGAGCUGCCACCUCACAGCUUCUACGGCCUGUGGUGGGUACAGUUCUGUGACUACCUGCGCUGUCAGAUUAUACCAGCAUUCUACUCUGAGGAACCAGUGUGGUACCAUGUGCUGCAGGGUCUCAGUUUGCUGGGAUGGGGAGCGCUCUCCCUGUCGAUGCUGCUGCUAAUUUCCACACGACUAGAUAAAUGCCUCCCAGAGCAGUUUGUGAAAAGCAAGCGUCAGCUGACUAUAUCUGGGGUUUGUCUUGUUUCUGUGUUUGCGAUCUCCUCCAGUCUGGUUGUGUUCUAUGCGAAGCUGGAUGAAUCCAGUCCAGCCAUGCACCCUCAGAUCUCCUGGUCUGCCAUGUUGGCAGGGACUGCCUGUCUGUUUGAACUUCUCGCUGGUAUCAUGUUGAUGCAAGUGCCGACGUUCACGAUAUGAUCUGUGUACACUCUGUGUGGCUGCUGGGGCUGUGUGUAUAUAUAUGUACAUGAUCACAGAAGAGAUACUGUGGUUGAUGAGGACGUUCACGAUAUGAUCUGUGUACACUCUGUGUGGCUGCUGGGGCUGUGUGUAUAUAUAUGUACAUGAUCACAGAAGAGAUACUGUGGUUGAUGAGGACGUUCACGAUAUGAUCUGUGUACACUCUGUGUGGCUGCUGGGGCUGUGUGUAUAUAUAUGUACAUGAUCACAGAAGAGAUACUGUGGUUGAUGAGGACGUUCCGCCGACUCCGGGUAGAAACUGAAUGUAACCAUGGAUGCUGAAUACAAAUCAAAAUGUUGGUCAUAUGUCAAGUCACCAUCACUGAUGUUUGAAGAUAGUAUCUGUUACAUUUUAUUUCAUUUUGCGAAAGAAGUGAUGCAUCUUUAAGAUGUUUGCCAUGUUGACGUAAACCUGCUUGCAUGUGUACAUUUCAGUUUUGUUGGCGUGUUGAGGAGUGUACAGGAAGAUCUGUUGUCAUGUAAUAACACACAUGGAACCCUCACUCGCUGGAACCUCAUAAAUCCUGGAUUCUGUGUCAUCUGUGGCCAUGCUGAAUAUGUCGAUGCCAAGUUUACCAAGCAGUUCUUGCCAAACAAAAAGCAAUCUUGCACUGACUGAAAGUGAUACUUGUUCGAGUGUAGAAUUUCACUGUAAGUGAAGUAAAAUAUAUAAACAGUAUCACAUUUUGUGUAGCUAUGCUUGAGACAACUGAGUAGAAACAGAUGACGUAGACUUUCCAGAUGGUACCAGCAUUACAGAUGGCUGUCAGACCCCAGAAAAAGUGUUAGAUAUGUCAAGUGAGUACAAUGUCAGGGGUCUCCAGUCAGUACAAUGUCAGGGGUCUCCAGUCAGUACAAUGUCAGGGUCUCAAGUCAGUACAAUGUCUGGGUCUCCAGUCAGUACAAUAUCUGGUGUGUCCAGUGAGUACAAUGUCAGGAUCUCCAGUCAGUACAAUGUCAGGGUGUCCAGUCAGUACAAUGUCUGGGAUUUCCCGACAAUACAAAAUGUGACUUUGCCUCAUUUAACGGCUCCUGCUCACAACUUGGUGUACACAGUAGGCAACUCGUGAGGAGUCAGUAUGUCACACACUAAGAGAAAUGAAUAUGGUUUUUUCAUAAGCACUGAAGAUAUUUUAAAUAUCGACUUGAUCACCUUUGAUUAUCUCCCUUUGCUAGAACAAGUUAUCUCCCUUUGCAGGCCAUGUUCUACUAAUGAUGGCGGUUAAACCUGUAGUUGAGACCAUUCAUUACUCAGGUCAAACUGUAGCCAUGAAAUUGCUUGAAUGCCUCUCAGCCUGUGUCUGAUGUUCUCCGUCCCUCCAUUGUGAAUAGUGCACAUACACAGGUACUGUUUCUUUGCCAAGUAUUUGCAUCUUUAUUGUUUCCAAUCUAUUUAUGAAGUGACUCAAUGCAAAGCCAAUGAAAAUUCAUUAGCUGUGUACAAACCAGCCUUUUUAUUUGGUUCACAAUGUUUUAGUAGACGUUGAGUGCCUCCAAGUCAACAACACAUGAUGCUCACACUCAAGUUGUGCAUCAUGAUCUGAGAUUUCAUUAAACUUGUCCCAAACA